CCCACAGCAAGGAAUUAUAGACUUUGGGUGUUUAUUGGCAUAUUCAUGACAACCUAUACAGCUUGGUAUUUCACCAUUGCAUCUAUAUUUUUUGAAAAGCAUGAUAAGCAUGUGCAACACUCAGGUCCAGUAAGUAAAAUCCAGUAUUUUACAGGUGCUACAAAUAAUAUUUAUACAUUUGGUAAUCAUGCUUUGACACUAGAAAUUGUUGAAGCUAUGGAUAAACCAAGGAAGUAUAAGAUAACUAAUGUGUAUGCAAUCCUUUAUAUCUUCACACUUACACUCCCAUCAGCAGUGAGUGUGUAUUGGAGAUUUGGUGAUCAGAUGCUGAAUUAUCCAAAUGCCCUAGCAGUGCUCUCCCCAUCCAAGUUCAGAAAUGUAGCUAUCAUCCUUAUGCUUACCCAUCAGUUUAUUGAGUUUGCUGCAUUUGUGGUUCCAGUAUUUGCAAUGUGGGAGAAAUUACUAGGCAUCCACUGCUCCCAAAACUACAUCUUAAAAUGUAUAGCCAGAAUGCCAAUUGUGUUGGGCAUUUGUUUUCUAGCUAUUAUGCUCCCAUUCUUUGGUUCCAUCAACUCAGUGGUGGGCGCUAUCAUCUCCAGCAUUGGUGUCUACAUUCUCCCCUGCCUUGCUUUCAUGGUCAUAAGGAGGCACAAAGAAUCAAGAGAGAAUGCGGUAGAGCAGCCACCCUUUUGGAUCAAGAGCUGGGUGGGUGUUUACUGCAUCAAUCUUGGAUUGGUUCUUUGGGUUGGAAUCAUAGGCGCUUCGGUUCCUGGGCAAGCAUGCACAAUCUAAUGCACAAAGUGGAAAAAUUUGGACUGUUUGCAAAAUGUUUCCAAUGUUAAGAACUUAACUCAUUAGUGUGAAAAACUUACUAUACAA